UUUUCUCCACGUCGCCUGCAUCUGCGCACUGCGCUCUCCUCUCCUCAUCAACUUUCUUACUUUAAAUAAAAAUACACCGAAAUUCCUGCGUGAGGUGACAUAAACCGUAUGGAAAUAUGUUUAAGAAACUGAAGCAGAAGGUGAUAGAAGAGCAGUCACCGCACAGGAAUAGUCCGCAGCAGGUGAACUCAGCAGAGAGACGCACUAAUCCUCCAUUUCUGCAUCAAGAUGCCCCGCCCUCACCAAGUGAUAGAGAGCUCCUGGCCGGGAUGAUAGCAGAACCUGCUUUACUGUCCGAGUAUACUGUCUUUGCUCUGGACAACUUAAAACGACCCAAAGCGGCCCAGGUGCCCAGUGUGAGUCUUGCUAGGGCGGCGGGGAGCUCUCCUAGAGGAAGUGUUAAUGGGGAUGGAAUCACCUCUCCUCAGAAAGAGGAAACUCAGUCUCUUGCUCAGAAGCUUCAGCAGAAGGUUUCCUCCGUAGAGUCUAUGCUCCGGGGAUCAGGCCGCGUUGAAGGACUCUUCCGCUCCGGCUCACGGGACAGUCUGGUCAGAAGCUCCUCCCGCGAAUCCCUGAAUCUUGUUGGGGAAAAUGAAGCCCAGGCCCCAGCAUAUGACCCUCCUUCAGACAUCGAGAGUGAGGCAGAAGAUCUACCUGCAGUCGAGAGUCUGUCUAAAGAGCAACUAUUAAACCGUCUGCACCGGGUUGAGAGAAGCCUUGGCAACUAUAGAGGAAAAUACUCAGAGUUGGUCACAGCAUACAGAACAACACAGCGUGAUAAAGAGAAAACGCAGGCCAUCCUAAGUCAGAGUCAAGAUAAAGCUUUGAGAAGAAUAGGAGAACUUAGAGAGGAGCUUCAGAUGGACCAGCAGGCUAAGAAACACCUGCAGGAGGAGUUUGAUGCCGCUCUAGAGGAGAAAGAUCAGAUGAUCACUGUGCUUCAGACACAGGUGUCUCUUCUGAAGAAACGUCUUCAGGCGUCUGGUGGUGUUGUCUCAACAGAACUUGAGACCUCUACAUCCACAGAUGCAGUCGAUGCACCAUCUGACCUUCAGAGCCCCACGAAAGAUGAAGGCUCGACACUGAACACUGCAGAGGGCAGCAGCGAGCCAGGCAGCAGCGAUGUUAAUGUUGAGGCUCUUCAAAAGCGAAUAAAGAGGCAGGAGAGUCUUCUGCAAAGAUGUAAAGAUAUGAUUCGCGCCAGUAAAGAGCGAACGGCACAGCUGGGCAGUGAAAAUGAGGUUUUACAGCAGCAGCUGCAGGAGAGACUGCAGGAGCUUGAGAAAGUAAAGGAACUUUACACUACAGAGAAAACCAAGCUGAUCACACAGCUGGGGGAUGCCAAAAACCUCAUUGAGCAGCUGGAGCAGGACAAGGGCAUGGUUAUUGCUGAAACCAAGCGUCAGAUGCAUGAGACCCUGGAGAUGAAGGAAGAGGAGGUCGCUCAGCUGCGCUCCAGACUCCAGCAGACCAUCACGCAGAAAGAUGAGCUACAGGAACAGAAGGAGAAGUCGGAGAAAGCAGCGUUUGAGGAGCUUGAGCGAGCUCUGGGUGUGGCCCAGCGGGCGGAGGAGGCACGUCGUCAACUACAGGUAAACAUGGAGGAGCAGAUGAAGCAGGUGGAGCAGGCCAGUGAGGAGGAGAGAAAGAAUCUACAACAGGAGCUCACCAGGGUCAAACAGGAAGUGGUCACCAUUAUGAAGAAGUCUUCCGAGGAUAGGAUAGCAGAAAUUGAGCGGUUACACGCAGAAGCUUUAGCAAACAAAGAGCAGGAACUGAGUGCCCAGAUCAAACAGGCUGUGGAGCAGUGUCGAGAAGAACUGUUGCACUCGGCACAGGAAAGAGAGCAGCAGGCAUCUCUUGCACUAGAGGAGGCCGAGUUGCAGAAAGGCGCGAUUCAAGCUGAGGCGGACAACAAAGCCAAAGAACUGCAGCUUGAGUUGGAGUCUGCCAGAACAAGAAUUCAAGAGCUUGAGAGUUGUAUGGGUGACUCUGAAAAGGAUGGUGCCCAGUCGGAUGAAAUCUCGUUGAAGAUCGAAGAACUGAAAAAGAAAUGUGAGUCUGAAAUAGCUGCUUUAAAGGAAAACCACCAGGAAGAGCUGGAAAAGACGAGGACAGAGCAGAUAACAGCCCUCAACCAGCAGCAUGAUGUCACCGUGAAAGAACUGGUAGAGAAACAUAAAGCGGAAAUUGAAGGCAUUUUGAAAGACAAAGAGGAACAGUUUCAUUCUCAUGUGCAAGAUAUGAACCAAAAGAUGCUGGAUAAGCUCAGCGACAAGCAAACAGAGCUGGAGACUCUAUCUUCUGAGCUUACUGAGGUACUAAAGAGUAAAGAACAGUUGGAAGAGAGGCUUUCUUUUAUGGAAACUGCCAGUGAAUCCACAAGAAAGGAGUUUGAGGAGAGGCUCAAGGAAGAACAAGUAAAAUUUCAGGCUGAGGUUGAAGCUGCAAAACAUCAGAAUGAACAAUCAUACGCAGGGGAGGAAAAAAUGCUGAAGGAAGAGAUAAACCAGCUGAAGAUCCUGUUGGAGGAAAAGGAAAAGGCUCUGGAGGAACAUGUUGUCAGGGAAAAGGCUUUACAGGAAGAAGUCAAGCAGGCUGUGGAAGAUGGAAGUGCCCAGUUAGAGGAGCUCAGACGUAAGUCACAGUCUGAUAAAGAAGCCCUUGAUGAUGCGAGGUCUCAGAUUAGCACACUGACAGAAGAUCUACAACAAACUAAGAACCAAAUGCAAAGUCUGGAGCAGGCUCUUGAGGCAAUGCGUAAUGAUUGUCAGGAGAAAAAUGUGUGCCUUGAACAAAAGACAAAUGAACUUCAAGAACUAGAGCAUAAGUUAGAGCAAGUUAAAAAAGACCUGUCUGAAAGAGAGAAUUCGCAUGCAGGAACCUGUAAAUCAAUGCAGGAGGAGCAGAAUAAGUUGAGGAAACAGCUGGAUGACCAGAAGAAUUCUCACGAGAAAAAACUUGAGAACAUUAGGAAAGACAUGGAUUGCAAGCUGAAAUCCCAGGAAAACAAGAUGGAGAAAUUAAAGCAGAAAGCUAUAGAAGCACAGGAAAAGUUGAAGAAAAAGCUACAAGAACAUGAGGAGAAUGCCAAAACGGAGUUAUCCAAAAAAGAUCAAGAGUUACAACUAAAAGAGCAACAACUAAAGGAGAAGAUCUUGGAGGUGGCGCAAGCAAGCUCCGAAGGCCUCAGCAGUGCCGUCUCUGAUUUAGAGGCAAAUCACAAGGAGCAGUUGGAGAAGCUUCAUGUGACCUAUAAGCAAGAGAAGGAAGGCCUUGUUCAUCACUGGCAGGAGAAGCUUGUUCAGCAUGAGGAGGAAAUCCAGGAAAAACACACAGUCGCUUUGCAAGAGAAAACACUAGAGUUGGAAGAAAUAUCACAGCAGCUUUCAAACAGCAAGGAAGAGAAAGAACAGAUCAUGAAAGAUGCCCAAAACCUCAGAGAGGAGCUUGCCAUGAGGGAAACCACUGUGCAGAAACUACAGACAGAGCUCAAGGAGGCAGCAAACAAGCUAGAGAGUCUAUCUAAAGGAGAGGAUAUACUUAAAAAACAAGCCGAAACAAUGGAGAAGAAUCUAAACCAGGCCUUAAAUGAAAGAAACAUCCUUCAGGAUGAGCUUAGAAAGGCAGAGGAAGCUAGCAAAGAGAGAUUACAGGGCUUGUCUGAAGAGUUGAUUAACACCCAACAAAAGCUGAGUGUUCUUGAAACUUCCAAGUGUGAGGAGGGUGAAGAUCUUCAGAGGGCACUUGCACAAAAAAGCACUGAACUCCAAAAUAAAGAAAAGGAAUAUCAGGCACACAUAUGCACCAUCACAAAGGAGUUAGAGCAGUGUUGUCAAGAUGCUCAGGCUAAGUUUGAUGGUUUUAGUGAGGAGCUGGGCAAGAAUGUUGAGGAAAAAGUCGGGAAGUUGCAACACAGGGUUAUGCAUCAUCAGAAAAGAUUUGCAAAUCUAGGAAAUGUUAUUUUGACAAAAACUGACAGAAUUCACACUUUAGAGAAAGAACUUCAGCAGACUGUUGAGGAGAACCAGAAUCUAAAGAGAUUGUCUGAUGAGAUGACUGUUCAGUUCAAUGAAAAUUCAGAAAAACUUAAAGCCUUACAAGCAGAAAGGGAGUCUUUGCAAACUGAUGCUGAGAAUCGCUCCCAGGUACUUUCUGAGAAAGACCUUCGCAUCGAGCAGCUUUGUGAAGAAAAGAAUCACAUAUCAGAAAAUCUCAAAGCGAAUGCUUUGCAAAUAAGCAAUCUAGAAUCUUUUAUAAAUGACUUAAAGACACAGUUAGCAAAUAGCAUAACUGAGAAAGACGAAGCCAUAUCUCUGCUGAAUCAGCAGCACAGCGAGGAAAAGGAAAAGCUAGCACGCCAACUGGCAGAGACCGUAGAAAGUUUGGAAAAAGAGAAGAGCGCUCUUCAAGAGCAGGCAGACUCACUCAGGAACAAACUCUCUGAGCUGAAACAGAAGUUCAGACAGAGCCACAGCACUGUUAAGUCACUUCAGGAAAAAAUUGCGGACAUGGAGAAGCAGAUUGGAGAGAAGGAUGUGCACCUUCAGAAGCUCACUGCCAGCAUUGACAAUCAGUCCAUGAGUAAGUCAGAGAUGGACCAGGCACUUAGUGAAAAAGAGCAGAGGGUUCAGUCACUGACCUCAGAGCUUGAAAGCUGCUCGAAGAAAGUCAGCGAGCUUGAGGAGCAGCUGGAGCUUCGGAUGAAAGAGCAGGAGCAACUCGCAGCGGAUUUGAAGCAACACCAAAGUAUUAGGGAAAACGAAAAGACGGAACUCGUGAAACAACUGCAGGAUGCUCAGAACCAAAACUCUCAAAAUGGUGCCCUAGUCCAAAAAACUGAGGAAAGUCUGCAGUCAUUGAAGACAGAAAUCCAAGCUGCCAGGCAGGAACUGGAAUCCCAACGAAAUGAGUUCGAGAAGGAGAAGGCUGAGAUUCUGAGUGCAAAAGAAGAGGCCUUGAGGGUGGCACAAGAAAAGGGGUCCUCUGAGACGGCAGCUAAAAUAGCAGAGUUGAAAAAGAAGGCUGAGCAAAAAAUUGCCAUGAUUCGUAAACAGUUGACAUCACAAAUUGAGGAAAAGGAGAAGGCCAUCAGAGAUCUUCAGACACAACUAGAAACAGUCAAGCAAACUCAGCUUGAAAAGGAAGAACGUAUACAGACUCUGGAGGAGAAUGAGAAGAAAGUGGAGGAGACCAUUGCAAAAUUAAAAGAAGAACAUGAACGGUAUCUACAGGAAGUACGGCAGAAAGAGACUAAGGACAAGGAGACUUUACUACAGAGCUUAAAAGACACGUAUGAAGUGAAGCUCGCUGGGCUUCAUAAAGACGUGACUACAAAAGAGGAGGAACGCGCUAGUGCUGCUAAAGAAAAAGUUGAAAGUCUUUUGAGACUUGGAGAGCUCGAGACCAAACUCUCAGAAUCUGUUGAGCAGAUUACCAACUACCAUUGUGAGAUUAGUCGUCUUACGGCAUCCCUGUUCGAGCAGACGGCACUUGUCCAAGAGCUUCAACAGACCUGUUUGGAUCUACAAGGCCAGAUUGAAGAGAAACAAUCUGAGAUAGUUCAUGUGUCACAAAUGCAAACUACCUGCAGUAGUUUAGGAAUAGAGCCUGGAGCGUUACCUGGCAAAGAGGACAUGGACACGGUUAAGGACCAAGAUGACUGGAGAAGUCAAAAAGACUUGUUGGUGAAGGAGUAUGAGGAGAAGCUCCAAGACUUGCAGCAAAAGCUGGAAGAGAAAGAAAAUCAGCUACAAGCACAACAGAGUUUACCUCAAGGAAAUGGAGAGACAAACCCAGAGUGCCUAAUAAACGUUUCAGACACCUCAGAAAAUGAUCUUAAGCAAAAACUAGCCGAGGCAGAGAACGAAAAACAGAAGCUUCACAAAGACUACACGAGGCUUCAGAAAGAUAUCCGCUCUCUACGGAAAGAGCACGAGAAGGAGCUGGAAUUUCUGAAAAAGGAGAUGACUGAGGAAAAUGAGAAGAAGCUGAAGCUUGAAGUGGAAGAUAUGGAAAUUAAACAGAACUCCGCUCUUAAGCAGUUAAUGAGGGAGUUUAACACCCAAAUGGCCUUGAAGGAAAAGGAACUAGAAGGCUCAAUAAAGGAGACCAUUGAGAAAGCUCAGGGUGUCGAAACCGAGCUCAUAAGCAGCCAUCGAGAAGAAGUGAGUCAGCUUCAAAAAUUAAUCACCCAGAAGGAAGAAGAAUUGAACAGUAUAGUUCAGCGGUACGAGCAGGUCCUUCAGAGCCGUGAGGAGGAGAUGGGUGGCCGGGUAUGGGAGGUGCAGAAGGAGUUAGAGGAGCUACAGCAGCGAAGUCUCAGUGGCCCUCAGGGUCUUGAUGAACUAAAGCUUCAGCUCGCCGAAAAGACGACCCUGCUGAGUGAAGCCAGGCUGAAAGAGCAGGAAUAUCAUGACAGGAUUCAUGCACUUGAGGACAAGAUAAGACGUGGCAAUAAACCCACAGUCGUAACUCACCUGGGAAGCCCAUACAAAGGUGCUUCACACAACAGCAUGGACCCUUUCAAUGAGCCCACCGAGUUUGAGUAUCUAAGGAAGGUUAUGUUUGAAUACAUGAUGGGACGAGAGACUAAGACGAUGGCCAAAGUUAUAACAUCCGUGCUAAAGUUUCCACCCGACGAGGCACAGAAGGUUCUGGAGCGGGAAGAUGCACGUGUGAUGCCUUGGCUCCGGUGAGUUGGAUCAGAACCGUGAUGGAAGCUGUUUGAGGAUUCUGCUGCUGAGAGACGAUUGUCACGAAAGCUGCUGAUCUACUGAUGUUUGCGGGAGUGUUAUGUUUGUAUGGUUACUGGUAUAAGGGAGGUUUGAUUAAAAUAACGGGAGUACAUUUAAAGAAUAUUCCUUAAUUUAGUAGCUUGCCAAGAAAUAAUUUAUUAUGGACUUUACUUGCUUUCCUUUUUUUUAUUUUUUAGAUUAGACGAUUCUUUUAUAAAGCUGCAUUUUGGAGAUUUGUGCAAUACGUUUAAUUUCUUUAUUUCUUUUUCUUAACUCUUUUCUUUGUAUUUAUCUUUUUUUUUUUCUGUGUUAUAGUAUGAUGAAUUUCUCUGUACCUUUCUGUGCAGCACAUGUACAAUAUAGACACAGGCUCUUAGUACUGUAAGCGAAUUGUAUACGGACGUAUUUUCUAGUUUUUAUUUAAUACUGUAUUUUCAAGGGAAACUGACCGAUAGUAAUCAUGCUUCAUAUUGUAAAUUGUAAAUAAUCAUAGAUGAUAAAAUGCUAUAAAUCUCUGUAGGGCACAUUGUGGUUAAUACAUUUUAAGACAAAUAAUAAAGUUUUAUUUACACUACACUCAAA